GAACAUAUUAGCUGGGCAGGACUUGUUUCACAUCAUUUCAGUAGUGUAACGCAGUCAGAAAUUUACUCACUCAGUCACAUGCUUGGAUUUUCAUGCACAGCUAGCAAACUUUGUGUGGUAAUCGAUGAAGAUGCAUCACUUCAACCUUCUUGGAUUGUUCAUCCUGUUAUCUGCUCUGUCAAGAUCUUAUGCUGGUAAAGUUCUGGUCUUCCCUGCGGAGGCAAGUCAUUGGAUAAAUAUGAAGGUCCUUAUUGUGGAGUUACAUUCAAAAGGUCACAAUAUCACUGUGGUCCGAGGGUCUUUUAGCUGGUACAUUGAGGAAAAGUCUCCUCUCUACACUUCCAUUACUGUGGACACUGGUGAAUUUGACAAUGACUUCACUGAGAGGUUUCUCCCUCAAUUACUGAAAAUGCAGAGACAAGGACGAUCAUUUUGGAAUGAAAUGGCACUUCUGGAUGAAACUUAUAGGACGUUUUCAAGAAUUCAUCAGCAAAUUUGCAAUAUGACAGCUACAAUGUUUGAAAAUGAGACCUUGAUGAAUUCACUGAAAGAUGCUGCAUAUGACAUUGUUCUGACGGAUCCAGUUUUCGGAGGUGGAGUGUUACUGGCACACCGUCUUGGCCUCCCUCUUGUGUUUAAUGUCCGCUGGACCAUGUACGGAGAAGCCCAUUUUGACAUAGCUCCAUCUCCACUCUCAUAUAUACCUGUUCCAGGGUUACAGAUGACCGACAAGAUGACAUUCAGUCAGAGAGUCAUGAAUAUGAUGCUAUAUAUAAUGGUUCAUUAUAAAACUUCCAAAUACUUUGGUUAUCAUUACCAAGAGUUCACCCAGAAAUAUUUUGGCCCUGAUGUUGAUUUCUUCUCCCUCCUCCAGAAUGCCGACAUCUGGCUCAUGAGAAAUGACUUCACGUUUGAGUUUCCACGACCCACAAUGCCAAAUGUUGUCUACAUGGGCGGCUUCCAGUGCAAACCAGCUAAGCCACUUCCAGAUGACCUUGAGGAGUUUGUGCAGAGCUCAGGAGAGCAUGGGGUCAUCAUCAUGACUUUAGGAACUGUUUUUGGUCAGCUUCUGAGUGAAAUCAAUGAUGAGAUUGCUGCAGCUUUUGCUCAACUGCCUCAAAAGGUUAUUUGGAGACACACAGGACCACGACCUGCCAACCUUGGUAAUAACACAUUGAUUGUGGACUGGCUCCCUCAGAAUGACCUGCUUGGACAUCCUCAAACUAAAGUGUUUGUGGCACACGGAGGCACCAAUGGAGUUCAGGAAGCCAUCUACCAUGGGGUGCCUAUUGUGGGCCUUCCUUUAUCUUUUGACCAACCUGACAAUCUCUCCAGGAUGCAAGCAAAGGGAACAGCAAAAAUUGUAGAUUUUGCAACUGUGGACAGGAAUGUGUUUCUAGAGGCAUUAAAGGAGGUUUUGCAUAACCCAUCUUACAGGGAGAACAUGCAGAGACUGUCCAGACUGCACCACGACCAGCCAAUGAAACCUCUUGAUCGUGCUGUCUUCUGGAUUGAGUUUGUCAUGAGGAAUAGAGGAGCCCCUCAUUUACGAACACAGUCUUUCAGAAUGUCCUGGAUUGAGUACUACUGUAUAGAUGUUAUUUUCACUCUUUUGAUGAUAUUUGUGUUGUCUUGUUUUGUGAUUUUCUCUAUCAUAAAAUAUCUUUGUUUUAAAGUAGUAUUUAAAAAGAAAAUGAAAUCUGAGUGACUGAAUAUUUGGCUCAAAUCUCAGGACAUAAUAACCAAUAUUUCUAUUUCUUUUUCAAAUUAAAUGUCUCAAUAAUUUUUUUUUUUUUUUUGGAAAGUUGUAAAAUGACACGACACAUAUGUAAAUCCUUAAAAUCCAAUCUUUUAAAACAAAACUUGACUGAUGCGACAAUAUGUGGUUUGAAAUAAACUGUUCUUUGUGCUUUACAA